UUCCCUAAGCCUGGCUGGAUGUUCUCGUCACUCUUGAUCACUCUGAAGAGGGUCAGCGUUUAGAGCGCAUACAACUCGAUCGUGUCGGAUGUCAGAUUUUGGAAGCUGCCGACUCCCGUCAAGCAUGGAUGUGGAUGCGAACCUCCGAGUUGUAGGGUCCUACGGCCGACUCCAAAACCUCAACUGCUUGAUCUACGCCCUGACCGUGUUCCCGGCGGCGUUCCAGCUGACGGGGAUCGCCUUCACCAUGGGCCAGCCUGAGGGUUAUCACUGCAAACCGCCGGAGGGGUUCACGGCGAACGAGACGGUACCGGGUUGGCAGGAAUCGCUAGACGACUGGGGAGAGACAGAGAUUGAUGGAUGUAUGUUCUACGACGUCCGCAAUGGAAGCGUUAUGGAAAACACCACGGCAUGUGACACUGGCUGGCAGUACCAAACAAGUCACGGUGAAACAAGCGUCGUUACGGACUUGGAUCUGGUAUGUGAUCGGGGUUUCCUGGGAGGGACCCUACAGUCCAGCAUACCCCUUGGGAUUCUGGUCGGUUCGUACAUCAUCGGCCAGAUCUCGGAUACCUUCGGCCGUCGUCCGGCACUACUCGUGUCCCUGGUCGGGAUCGUCGUGUUCGGGACAGCAAUGAGCGUGACCUGGAACUACGAACUCAUGUUUGCCCUCGGUUUCAUGCUGGGGAUUUUCUUGCCGGGGAUACUGAUUGUCCGUUAUGUGCGAAUCAUUGAGAUGUACACGCCUAAACAGCGUCUGGUCGGCCAUACGUUCAGUGCCAUGCCGUGGUGUCUAGGCGUCAUGCUUGUUGGUCCAUUUGCCUAUCUCAUGCCGGACUGGCGCCACUUCCAGCUCGUGGCCACACUGCCGUGUGUUAUCCUGAUACCACUUGUGUGGUAUUCCUAUGAAUCCAUUCGCUGGCUGGUUCAGAGGGGUCGCAUUCAAGAGGCCGAGCGCAUCCUCCAGAAAAUCGCUGCCUCGAAAAACAUCGACCAACCCCGAGGUUUGCAAUCCGCCACUGGCGCAUAUUUGCCCCUCACUGUCCCCACUCAGGCGGAUCAGGACGCAGGGGCACAGCAUCAGAACCACAAUGAAACAUGCGAGGACGUUGGCGCAUGCCAAACUAAACGUAGAGGAGCGAGGUACACAGUCCUGGAUCUCUUCAAGACCCGUGUACUCGUUCUUCGCUCUCUGGUGGUGUUCUACUGCUGGUUCACCAGUAACUUUGUGUACUACGGUUUCACUCUCAAUGUCACCAAUCUGGCGGGGAACAAGUACCUGAACUUUUUCCUAAUGUCCCUGACAGAGAUACCGUGUUUCAUAUUCGAUUUCUUCGUUAUUCUGAGAUUCGGCCGACGGCGACCUCUGAUACUCUUCUACGAGCUCUGUGGUGUGGCCUGUCUUCUGACUGCGUUCAUCCCGAAACUCACGGCUUCUGGGGUUGACCUGACAAUUCUGAUUGUAAUCGUUGCGAUGAUUGGCAAGUUUUUCAUCACCGCCGCUUUUGACGUGACGUAUCUGGUUACAGCAGAGGUCUUUCCAACCAUUCUGAGAAACGUCGGUGUGGGAAGUGCGUCUCUCUUUGGUCGAGUUGGUGGAAUUGUUGCUCCGUUUGUCGUCUACUUGACUUUUCUCCACACCUCCAUUCCACUACUCGUCUUUGCGGUAACUUCGCUGGUUGCCGGCCUGCUCGUGCUCAUUCUGCCUGAAACUCACAACAAACCGCUGCCGGAAACCCUCGAGGACGGGGCAAACUAACUGGUUGCCUACCGCGCGUGUAACCAGUUUCAAAACUUUAUACGCCUAACACACUUGUGUACUUGGUUCGCGAAAGAAUUCAAACAUAAAUUUGGUUUUGGUAGGUGUUGGGCGGGGUGGUGUAGGUGUUGGUGGUUGGGGAGGGGUUUAAAUUAAAAAUAAAUUAAAAGGUGGGGUUAGUUGUCGGAAAGUGGUAAUCAGCCCGUAUUAUUUUUGUUUUAACUGUAAACCGGUGUCAUUUUUUAAUUGUGAAACUGAGACAUGGAAGUUGCAAAUUGACUGGUUAAAAUAUU